AUGGCUCAGGCUAUGCUGCAGAAGCUGAAGGCCCCUGCGGGGGCGGCCGACGUGGAGCGCUGUGCCCUGGAGGUGUGGCGGAGGCGCCGGCAUGACAGUGGGCUGGAGGCCUCGACUACAGAGGGAGAGCUCCUGGUGCAGUGCAUACUGGAUCGCCUCGCCCCGACCGAGGGGCCUCUCGCCACGCUCCUCGACUGGCUCUUCUUCGACGCCUCGCCUCAUGCUACCACCAUCGAUGGCUACCAAGGGGAGAAGGCGGAGCUCUUCGCAGCAAUCGGCUCGCAGGUGCUGGAGCGGUGGCGAGAGGCGAGCGGCAGCUCGGAGAAAGCGUCGAACCUCUACGCGCAGCACUCGGCCAGCCUGUGGCAACGCCUGUGGACUGCGACGGGCGAUGACGUGGAAGUCGCCCACGCUGAAGGUGUGGCAGUGCUGUUGCUGCGCUGCUUGACCAUGAUCCAUGACUUCUUCACACCGAGCCAAAGGCUUUGGGAAUCCUGCACGCCCUUGGCUACGAGCCUCUUGACUCAGUUCAAGCAGAGAGUGCUUCAGAACGCCAAGGGGCUGGCGUUACUGGGCGUGGUGGCCAGUCUACUGGAAAAUGGCGUGUGGGCGUUCCUUUCCGACUUCCAACUGCUGUGGGACCGAGCAGACGACCCCUGCCUGCUGCACCUGUUUGGCCACGCGGAGCGCCAAGUGCGACUCGCGACUCUCAAACUCAUACAGCCAUCCAACGAAGCCUUCUUGGAGGCGUACCGCUACGAUAGCUACAGCAAGAUCUGGUGGAUGUGCAUCGACGAUUCUGACGCGCAAGUUCGCGCGGUGGCGUGUCGUCGCCUCUUCGUGGCUUACAUCCAUGAGGCCGCCAUCGAGCUCAGUUCGGCGCUGCCAUCUAUGGUUGUCCGGCUGGACCAGGAAACAGAUCAAGAGGCGCUUAUGUCGCUCCUUGUACUGCUGGCCAGCUUCCUGAACCGUUUGGCCUCCGAUGAAGAACAGAGGGCCGAAUCGGCCUCUUUGAUCAACUCGGCAGGGUAUCGAUCCCACAUCGUCAUUCUCAUGCUAAAGGGCCUCGCAGGUCUUGAUGCUGACAAACUGUCUCCUGGCUGGUGGUCGGCAGGCUGGUUGCAGCUGUAG